AUAGUGUAUAUCGCGUGGCUCCUAUUACGAUCGACCUUCACGUAAGCGAUGUAAUCGUUGUCGCGGUCUUCGGGCAGCAGGAAAAGGGAGGGCCCCGGACGGAUGGUCCUCACGUUCAUUCUGUCCGCUGCGCGCUACGCGAUUGGUCGCGCUGCUGUUGUGCAAGAGUAGAUGGUCGCUCCUCGCAGAAACGUGCUGCCGCACAGGACAGUGAGCGAAAACUGAAAACCCUUUAGGGGCGGUGUUAUCAGUCGCAUAUCCUCUACGAGGCGGUCGCGACCCAACGUUGCAGGCUGAAGCAAGCUGAAGAAAGAUGUCCUUCGACCCCGAGCGUAGCAGCACCAAUGGCAACGAGAGCCCGGAGCUCGAAGACGUGGAUUCCCCGUGGGCAGCACCCUCAGCGGACAAGCGCAAGGUGGAGGUGGUGCUCGUGACCGGCUCGAGCGGCUUCUUGGGCCAGCACGUGGUCAAGCUGCUGCAGGAGCUCGACAAGAAUGUCAAGGAGAUCCGCCUCUUUGACAUCAAGCCCUACGAGAACAAACUCAAGCACAGCACAGAGAAGCCCAUGAAGGCCACCGUGGGCGACAUCUGCAAUGCCAAGGCGUUGCAGGAGGCAUUUGCGGGCGUGGACUGCGUCAUUCACACUGCGGCCCUGGUCGACUGCACCAUUUUUCCCGAUGCAGAAGCCAUGGAGGCUGUUAACGUUGAAGGUACAAGGACGGUGAUUGAUGCCUGCAUCCGACAGAAUGUGCCCUACUUGGUGUUCACGAGCACGGUGGACGUGGUCGUGAGCAGCAACCACAUCUUCUUCGGCGCAGAGAACACCACCUUCACGCCGAAGCACUUCCUGAUGGGUCCCUAUGCCGAGACUAAGCACCGUGCCGAGCAGCUCGUACUCCAGGCCAACCAGCGCGUGCUGGCCGAUGGCCACACUAAGUUCAGCACGCUGGUGCUUCGGCCAACAGCGAUGUACGGGGAGGAGGACCAUCAUUUCGUGGUGCAGUUCUUGCGCGUUGCUAAGUCCUGGAAGAACACCCUGACCAAGAUUCGCAGCGUUGAUGAGCGCUUCCAGGUGACAUACGUGGGAAAUGCUGCCCUGGCACACCUGCGGGCCAUGGAGAAGCUGGCCAUCGACGAGUCGGUGGCAGGCGAGGUGUUCUAUGUGACGGACGACACGCCCCUCGAGGACAUCUACGAGUUCCUGCGGCCGUUCGUCGACUGCCAGGGCUGCCGGCUGUCGGACUACACGGUCCCCUACCUGCUGGCCAUCCUGGUGCUCAUGCUGCUGACGCUGGUGCUGCGUCUGAUUCGACCCCUGUACCGGCCGCGCUUCUACGUGCCUCCGCCCUCGGCUGUCACCUACAUAUGCACCUCGCUCUUCUUCAACCGCACCAAGGCCACGCUGAGGCUCAACUACUACCCCAAUGUGACGCCCGACGAGGCUGUCCAGCGGUCUGUCUCCUACUACAAGUCCCUCCAGUUUCCCGGAUGAUGGCACCGUCUCGUCGUUGCCGAUGCUGCCCUUGCCUCUGUGGGGACCACACCAUGCCACACUCCAGAGGUCCCUGUUAAGCUUGUAGGAGUGCUCACUGGUCGUUCCCAAGAGUUCCUAGGGGGCAGUUUGGGGCAGUACUAACGUGUGAUAAGAGUUGCGGGCAACCACUGUUUUACGGGAUAGUAUUUUCGGACUCGUUCCCUUCUUGCUUCCAUCGAAAACGGUCCUUUCAAUGCGUGCUGGUAGGCUGGAACCACGUAAUGUGCAUAUGACAUUCCUACAAUAUGCCACACUAGCAGAUCAAAGGUGCACAUUGUCAGAUACUCAUGGCACUUUUUCUUUUUGCAAACCUUGGUACGAACCAGGCUAACCAUGGUACUUGGUCAUGGUACAAAGCUUCUCUUUAGAUAUAUCUUAAACCUCAGAAUUAGCCUCAAUCCAAGAACAAGAUCAGGCUGUGGUUCUUGACAGGCAUCGAGGCAUGAUGGGUGUAUACCGCAUGCUGGCACGCUGCCUCAUCAGGCAGUGUUUUGCAUGCCAGUCACGAUUUCGCAUGCCAGUCGUUCCUGCAAAUCUGUAGCUGUUCACGCAUGCGCAUACUCGAUCAAAAGUUGCGUUGCUGUGGUGGUUACAGCCACACGGGGUUCAGCAUCAAAUACCAGCUACUUAUUAUUCACAACUGCUGCACGCUUGCUUCGCGGGAAUAGUGUUGUCAUACCUAUCUGCUAGGGCUAGACUUAGCUCCUUCGUGAGCAUGAGUCGCCAAAAGAGGUAGUGCUAGGCUGCUUUUCUUGCAUCUUGCAAGAGUCGCAGUAGCGAGUCGUAUGCUCCGACAGCACUCUGUGACGGAGCGUGCUGUCAUCGCUACCACCACCCGUAAUCGUCAUCCUUGGCCAAAAUGGGUGAAGGAAAUAACUGCCAUCAACUGUCUGUAUCGUCAAAGACGCUGGAAAAAGAGCACAGCACUGUCACCAUGGCCACUCAGGCUCGGAAGAAAAGCCAGGCCAACCAUCAGGCGUCCCACGUAUGUUGAAGUGCAGCACUUUUGCCCUUCAAUCAGUCGGCAUGUUGUUAUCCCGAUGCCUGUGAAUGACUCAGUGCUUCCGAAGCUACAAUUUUGCAUAACUGUGAAAGAACCCUCAUCUUCCUGUGACUCCCCCACCCUUAUUUUGUUCUGUAGUCAUUAGAAAUGCCCUUGUUGAGGGUACCCACUGCUCAAGCUGCAUUUUUUUUUCUAGGUUAUAACUUGGACGUUUAAACUCAAUGGGAAGUGCGCACUGACAUUAUGGAGCUUUAGUAAUAUGGGACCCAAUAUUAGGGGGCGCUAUAGAGUGGGCGUACAAAAAAGCAAAGAUGUAUACAAAAGAAAACAAAAGGAAUGCAGGCAGGGCAUGGGAAUUUGGGCACGCGAAGCCGCUUGUGGUCGCUAUUUCUAAUAUUUCCUAUCGCUGCGGUGCCCACCAUGAUAUUUUACUUCUGGUAUGGUGAAUGGCUGCACAUUGUCCUGAUCUGUCUGCUUUAUCUCCAGCUACUCUGCAGAAGCAGUGAAUAGGCCGACGAUACAGCUCCCAUGAUGUUGCCUGAAUACACCAAAUGAAGUUACAUCUGACGCGAAAAUACCUUCAUUACAUCUGAUAUUCAUUAUAAGCGUACUCGUUGAUGUCAUUGAAGAAAUAAUUGAGUCUAAGCGAAAGUAAUGCAAGCAUGAUGCCUUCGAUGGGACAGCGGAGGCUCUGUCAAUUUUAAUGGCCCGUAGGUGCCUUGCCAUGCUGAUACGUGGCAUGUAAACAGAUCGAAAUUACGAACAUGUUUUGUACCAUUACUACAUGACAGUGUGGUUGAUCCGAUCGUACAGAAUCGGCUCGUUAGGGCAGGCCAGUCAAUUCGAGCCAUUGCUUGGCCAAAACACUCACGCAUGCAUGUUGAGAAUGUGUCAUCUCAAGUUGCUCUUGCCGAGUAUUUGACAUUUUCAGCUGUAAGCACACAACUGUUCGCUUCACUGUAACCAAUAUUAUCUCGUAUCUAGCAUUCCUUUUUUGGGGGGGUUUCGAUUCGAUUUUUCGGUUAGUUCGAUCCCAAGCGAAGGUUUCGGCCGGAGCCCAUGUAUUUCUGUGGGCCCAAAGCUUCGUUAUUUCGAUUAUAAAAUUUUCCUUCGCCGUAUAAUUCGAACUUGACCAGUCAGCACGCAUGCACCUGACCCCUAUAGUGACACCAAUAAUGACCCCUUUCGUGGCAGUAUCUGUCAUGGCCGAGCUUAGGGAACAGCGAAUGCAUUGAACACGCGUCACUUUCCAUCGAAAACGCCUAUUUCCGGCCAGCCCUAGGAAGAUUUUGAAGCAACAACGGUAGCACAAAAUGUCUGAUUAUGGUGCUUACCCGAUUCUAACGCGCGCCUUUUCUUUUUCAAGGAAAUUGGGGUGAAAGUAGCCUGCGCGGUGCAAUCUGAUGCGAAACUAAAGCUGUCUUCACAGCGUUCAGUGCAAUGCUUUUAUGUCAUAUCUUUAUCCGGUGAUUACUUCUACUUAAAUCGUACCCUCAUAUAUAUCAUUGUAUUUUCUUUCUUUAAUAUGGUCUACUUUGGUGGAGUGACCGUUCAUGGUGGUGAUAGUUUGUCGUAUCGUUGAUUGCACAUAUGCAUUUGUAUGCACUCUUAUGGUGGAAGCUACAUAUUAUUUUACAUCAUGUAAAGACCAGGGUCUGUACAGAUUAUCUUUGUUUCAACUCCGGAAGGGGCCGGACCUCUCUACGUGUGCUGUUUCCCAAUAUUCAAGAAAUGCGCCGCACUGUUUUCACUGAAGACAGAAUGGUGAUGUGCCUUUCUUUCUUUUGCACUGUCAUUCAUUGUUCAUCGCAACUGUUGUGUGCUGUCAUGUUGCUAACCCACCACGUGUCACACUAACAUGGCUAUAUCUGGGCGCGUUCUCGAGGAAUGCAUAUCUAAACGUGUUGAAUGUGUGUUCAGGGUAAAAGUUGUGAGGAUGCAUUAGCUGACGCCGACUUUCCACAAACAUAUAAUGAUUGCGCGCAGUGCAGAUCAGUAAAACAUUGAGCACUUUGUCAGUAAGUAAAAGUGUGCGGGACCAAAUGCACCUCCCAUGGAAAUGUGAACUGUGAUUGACGGAGUUGCGCUGGUUUUUGAUGUUCUUUACUCACGAUUAUACUAGUUCUUUUAUUUGGAUUUUUUCUACAAUAUUUUCUUCGACGAGCUCUGGCCUUGAAAAAGUUUACAAUGGUAUCUCUUUGGACACUAGAGUCGAUUUUUAUGAACAUGUGUGUAUACUGAAUGGUGGAACAUGUUACCGUCAAUAAAGGCUAUUUUUGUGAAUGAC